CAGCUCUAAAGUGUGGUCCCAAAUCCAUCUUAAAGGCACAUGCAAAACCUAUUUGAUUCAAUAGAUUAAAAUGUCAGAUGUGCUUGAGCUCGUAGGAAACCUAUUUGUUUGAUUCGGAACACAUUAUGCUCCACGUGAAAUAUAGCCUACCGCCGGCACAGUAGAGGGCACUGCAUCUUUCAGAAAAACAAUCCCAGAAGCCUGGCCAGCCAAUCAGCCUGGUUUUUGGUAGCUAUUAGCUAGUGUUUACAGCUAGCAGUUGUAGCAGGUUAUACAUUCGCCACCACAGUUAUUAAUGAUUGAUUCUUAAAAUAUAUCUAUGCAGAGUCACGACCAUUGUCAAACAUAAAAUUUCUGCGUCUGUCUAACUGAACACAGAGAGGAACCAACACAACAGUGUUGGCCAGCAGUGGACAUGAAUUCACUUGUCGGCUACGGAGUAUCCUCAAACUCCGAGAGCGAUGGAGAUUCAGGGGACGAUGGACUCAAAUUUACCAGUAGGCUCACUGAUGAACUCAAAGAAGGUGUCCAAAAGCAUCGCAACUUCCUCCUGGAGUCAGGGUCAGCCUCCAGCGAGUCAGACGAUGAGUUAGACCCAGAGGAAGAGCUGCGUCCUGAGCUGCCAAGUGUGUCUUCCCUGGUUACACAGCCACCUAUCUCCUCCCAUGUCCCAAUCCCCUCCCCCAGCUUCCUCGCUCCUAAACUGCCCCCUCCUCCUCUCGGCGCCUCGACGCGGAGCAGCGUGUUCGCCAACCCCUUCAAGGCGCAGGCUGACCAGAAGCUCCACGCACUGCAAAAGCAUGUCCCCCUCACCCUGCAGGCUAGGCCCUCACAGAUUGCUGGUAAGAGGAUGUGCGUGGCCUACAGGAAAGACGGCAGGUGUAGGUUUGGGAUCAAAUGCAAGUUUGCUCACGACAGCGACCUUCAGAGCUCUAUAAUUCCCGGCGACGAUGACCCACCCAGUGUGGAUGAUGCAGAGCCUGACCCAAACAGAGCGGGGCAACAGCCUCUCCACAACCAGGGGGGAGACAAGGAGACUGAGGGGCAGCAGGGGAAGAAAAGAAGGGUAGGACUGAGUAACACCCUGGUCCCUCCAAAACGAGCUAUGAAGAAUUACGCUAUGCAGAAGGAAAGAGAACGGGUCAAUUUGUCCUGAGGGGCAGGAUUAACUCAGGAUAACUCAGGACUAUUGUCAGCAAAACAGUUUUAUGUUAUUUGUAUUUGUGUGUUUGUAAAAAAGUUACCACUCACCAGUGCCAUUCCACAUUGUGACAGAUAAAUCUAUAACCACUGAUAGCGUUUGUUAAAUUACAGUUUAGAGAGUUUACCUCUGAAUCAAAAAUACAUAUUUUUCCUCUUAUCUAAAGUGCUAUUCAUCCAUCUAGAUUGUUUUGCAUUGAGUUUUGUAGAUAUCAGCCUUUGAGUUGUAUGCCUUCCUCCAAAUAAUAUGGAACUAGAUUGGGCUUGUUUUCUCUUUCUAGAAAUCAUAACUCAGUGAAUCAAGAUAAUCCACAGACCUUGUCUGACACAUUGCUGUUGAGUUUUUCAAAUGUAUUUAUUUUGGUGCUUUGAGCACCACAAGACAAGUCCAAUCUAUUUUCAUUUAUACUGAGAGAAGGCAGACAACUCUGUGGCUGCACUGGCUGGUAUCUCCAAAACUCUGUAACUCACACCAAAACCAUCUAGAUUUAUGAACAAUCUAGAAUUAUAAAUAGAACUACAGGCAAGAAGAAAAAUAUAACAUUUCGAUUUUGGGGUGAACUCUUCCUUUAAUGGAUAAUAUUGACCUCUUUUAAAUAUACAACUAUCAUACUGCUGUUUGAUGUCUAAGGAAAUUCUCAGUGUGGAUACUUUAUAAAGACUGGUUGAUAUGUAAUGUAAUAAUUUAUAAAUGGUAAAUAAAUGCCUUUAAUGUU